GGUAAACCACGCCCCAUAUUAACCGUUUAAACGGGGUUUUACAUGAUCUAAAUUUAGGAUUUGCGAACUAUUGCGUCUUAAAUAAACACCUAAAAUUUCAACUUUCGUUUCUGAAUGUGCAAAUAUCAUGACAACUGGUGUUUCUAGAAAUGGAACUGAGUAUCAUUAAGGGACCUAAGCUGGUAGCGGCUCUGGACAUUGGCAGUACCUACUCUGGGUAUGCUUGGCAAGAGAGGGCGGAGUUUGAAGUUAACAGAAGUGAGAUUCACUUUAAUACAAAUUGGGGAGCAGGUGCUCUGCAGCUCCACAAAACAACAACAUGUAUUCUCAUAGAAUGUCAAAAAAAUGAAGAGGGGGCUAUAGAUCAAACUCAAGAAAAUCUCGGUGUAUCUCUUGGUGGCAUUAAUCUUAACAUCAACGAUGAAGUAAAGACAAAAAUUGGACAUGAAGCUGAGAGAGUUUAUGGUGGACUGGCAAGAAAGAAACAAGAUCCACACGAGCUUUCAGGACAGUACUAUUUCUUCAAACGAUUUAAGUUGCUGCUGUACAAUGAGGGGUUUCACCGAGAACAGUUAGUAGAGGACCAGAUAGGACAACAACUGCCCUUAUUUGAUGUUAUGACUUUGUUCAUCAAAGCUUUGAAAGAUCAUUGCUUGAAGAAACUGAAGACAAAUGGCGUAAACGUGGAACUCAACAAGACCCUUUUUGUUGUCACUGUUCCAGCAAUAUGGUCAGAUGAAGCAAAGAAGUUUAUGAGGGACGCCGCAGUAGAGGCUGGUAUUGGUAAACGGAAUGUUUUGUUGGCCCUUGAACCAGAAGCAGCAGCGGUAUAUUGUUUACAUUUGCCCGAAGGACAAAGAAGAGAAAUGAAUGACCUCGGGAUGAAAGGACAAAAGUUUCUUGUUGCAGACUUGGGCGGUGGAACAGCGGACUUAUCGGCAGUUGAAGUAGAAGAAACAGGGCUACUUAAGGAAAUAUGUCCUCCACUAGGUGAUCCAGUAGGAGGUCAGAAAAUAAAUGAGGCAUUUCUGCAAGUUUGUCAUGACAACUUUGAGGGAGAUGGAUGGAAAGAGACGUUCAGUAAAGCAACCCCGGUUGAAAUGUUAAAAAUGGAAGCAGACUUUGAAAGGAAAAAGUUGACAAUCGGUUCAGAAGAUCCAGAAGGACAAAUGAUUGAAGUAGAAGUUCCAGCACCUGUUCGUAAUAAACUGGAAGAUAAAACAAUUCGACUAAAGGAGAAUAACUAUCUUUCAUUCGAAGACAAUGAGUUAAUGUUUAAUUCGGCUCUUGUUCGUGACAACCUAUUCAGGGAAACAUGCAAAGUAGUGUACACUACCAUCGGAAAAGUGCUUAACAGAGAAGAAGCUCAGGGACUGAAAACAGUAGUACUAGUUGGUGGUUUUGCGGAGUCGCCGAUCGUGAUUGAAAACAUUCGGCAAAUGAUAGCAAACGAUUUCUCAGAAAUCAAGGUCGUGGUUCCAUCAUCACCCUUUAAAGCUGUCUUAAAAGGUGCAGUACUCUUUGGACAAGACCCUAUGAUAUUUAGAAGCAGAAUCAGCAGAGCGACGUUUGGAAUAAAAAUCAGUAAGAUUUUCGAUCCAAAAGUUCACAAUGAUUCAAAAAAGUUUAAACACAAGGAAACGGGAAAAGACUGGUGUGAAAAGAUUUUUGAUGUGCACGUACGGAAAGGUCAGUCUGUUGUUCUUGACAGUAAACAGCCUGUAAAAAUGUAUGUUCCCGUAUACAAAAAUCAGCGACAGCUUGGGCUUCCUAUUUAUUCGUCUUCAUCUCUGAAUCCGAAAUACACAGAUGACAACGACUGUUAUCAGAUAGGCAACAUUACGGUUGAUUUGCCAGAUCCGACAGGCGAUACUGACAGAGAGGUUAAAGUGACUAUGAUCUAUGGUGGAACAGAAUUGUCAGUCAUUGCAACAGAUAAAACAUCAGGAAAGGAAUAUAAUGCAGAAAUGAAUUUCAACCAUUUGUAACUCAAAUUAGAAACAUACAGUAAAACAGGAGGAGAAUUUAUUACACACAAAUAGAUUCUUAUUGAAAAAAAACCCAAACAAUAACAACAAACCAAUGUAUAGUAUACAACGGCAUUAAGCAGAGGGUAAAGUUAUUUCAGAAACUAGAGAUUCAUUGCAUAUUCAUAUACCGAUGUUUAUGUAUUUGUUAUUUUGUUUUUGAUAAUCGUAAUAAAGGGCAUAUAAAUCCAGUUAAAUGUA